CUAAUUGAAUAGUUCAGGAAACAAGCUCGUUCGGCCAUCUUUGUCACAUGAACAAAAUUUCUCUCACAUGACCUGUUGUUUGGCCCCGUGAUCAAACCUUGUGAUUUCUUCCUGGCAAAUUCAAAUAGCGUAAAAACACAUGGAUAUAUUGGAACCAGGUUUGGAUUCAGGAAGUCAAGACAAGUCUCCUGAUCACUCACCUGGUACUAAUGACCAUCACGAAGAUGAUGGUGAGACGGAAGAGGGGGCAGCCACUGCUGGUCUUCAUGCUGCAAACCCAGGACUGGCGCUAGACCCUAACAUUCAAUACCAGUUCAGAGCAGAUACCUCACAGGGUGAUGGUCAAGUAACCUACAGAGUGGUGCAGGUUGCCCAGGGUGAUGGACAGGUAGCAGCCACCAGCACUGGCUUUCCUGCAGGCACUACUGUAGCACAGGCUGUAAUUCAGAGUCCAUUCAGCAAUGGGAGCCCAACACCAGAACAACAAGAGCGUCCAUUCACUUACUUCUCCCCCACAGUGGCAGGAGCAGGGGACCCAGGAACAGCUCAGGUACAGCUGGCCCCCACAGCAGUAGGGGAUGGUCAAGUGACACUAGGACAGGUUUCAGCACAGGGAGGUGAAGGUCAGUUCUAUGUUAUGAUGUCACCACAAGAUGUCCUUCAGGGUGGAGUUUCAAGAAAUAUCGCACCAAGGACAACAUUUUCUCCCAAAGCUGGUUCGGAAGGCAGAAAUACAAGAGAUGAAAGGAGAAGACAAACCCACAACGAAGUUGAGAGGCGGAGACGAGACAAGAUCAACAAUUGGAUUGUUCAGCUCUCAAAACUUGUCCCAGAUUGUACCAUGGACAGUACAAAAAGCGGGGCUCUAACAGCUAACAGUAAAGGAGGUGUAUUGGCAAAGGCAUGCGACUACAUCACAGAGCUUACCAAAGCUAAUGCUCGAAUGGCAGAGAGCUUAAAGGACACUGAACGUUUAUCUGUUGACUCUGAGUUGUUACGACAACAGUGUGAGGAAUUAAAACAAGAAAACAUGUUACUGCGACAACAACUACAGCAGCAUGGAAUUGUGGCGACAGAAAUUAACCAAUCAGGAACCUAAUAAUUAUUGAGUGUUUUGAUUCAUCGAAACUUCAGAGUUUUAUAUUAGUGAAGUUAAGUGUACAUUGUAUAAAGUGGUUUUACUUUGAAUUGACUAUUCUUACUUAUCUUGCAAACCUCGUAAACCAUAUGGAACUGCAGCCACCCAUGAUAUAUCGGAACAUUUGGUUCCGGAACUGAACUGAACAGAAAUGUUGAAUAACUGGUCUGUGUUCCGACCCGAGAGCCUAAUUCCGUGGAACAGAACAAAAUCGUGUAUCCGUGACACCUCUACUAGUUAUAGCUCUAGUCAUUAAAGUCAUCAUGGAUCCCCAAUAUAUUUGUUUAAUAUCAAAUACUAUCUCAAUGACUAAAUUGAGCAACUAAAGCUAUAAGCAAUUAUAAAAUGAAAACUUAAAUGAUUGUUCACCUGCCAACCAGUGUUAUUAUACCAUCAAUGGGAAAUUGAUGAAGAUAUCACCCAAGAUGGCUGGAGAUGACAAAUGAAAGACCGAUCAUUUUCCCUCAUUCCAUGGCAAUUGCUAGCAUUCUAAGCAAUCUGAGGUUAAGUUUGAGAAAUAUGCAUGAUUAUUGAUUAUGAGCAUCGAUAUGUAAUAUAGGGUGACUUUAUGGCAAUUGUUUCAAUGCAUCGUGGGUCUACUAGUAUGUACAUAUUGCUUAAGAACUUAGAACUACACUGUAGAGAAAUACAUGUAUAUCCAAUAAUAGCAUUAUAGUUAUAGUCAUACCUCGUGAUACAUUACCAUAAACCGUUGCAAAUUACAGAAUUUCUUUUUUAAAAAUCUUAACUUAUGAAUGCUUCUGGUAAUGUGUCAUGUGAGUUUUUAUUAAUUUUGAUAGCCUGUUUGUCUAUAGAUCCUUAUUGAAAGAACUGUACAAUGUUGAAACAGAAAUUGAGGGUUCAAGCAGGGUAGGCAUCUCUAUCAUAUCAUAUAAGAAAUUAUUAGUUUAUCCAUGGCAACAUUAUGAAAAGAUUAUUGAAUUUGAAAAUAAAAAAUCAAUUAAUAUUACUAUAUUAUUUAUAUCAAUAUUAAUCAUUGUCAUUAAGUAACAUUGUGUGAAUCAGCAUUAAAG